UCUCCAUGGUGAAAUGCUAUUAGACAGCCUGGUUCCCAAAAAGUAUCUCUCUCCCUAUCCUGUAGCUCCAGGUCCUGUGGCCACCCCAGCCUGGCUCACAGCACUCCCUCCAGGAUUACAGUGCUAGGCAGGCAUAGCCAGGGGCCAUGUCUAGCUGUUGGGGUCUGCCUUGUUGGGCACAGGAAGCCCUAAGGAGAGGGGCCUGUGCUGAGCCUACUGUGGCAGUCAUUGGCUGACCUUGACAGCACUUAUUGCUGCCAGGUCACUCUGAGACUAAGUGACCCAGAUACAGGUUCACCUAGGUUCCAGGUGGUCACUGAGAUGCAAGCUGGUCAGGAACUGUUCCAUGACCCCCCUGUCUAUCAGCUGGCCAGAUGCUCACAUCUGGUUCAGACAGCUUGGAGUAGCUGAGCUUCCAGGGGGUUCCUGACCCCAAAUGAGUUGCACAAUGUGGCCUUACUUCACCCCUACAGGCCACCAGAGCUGUUCUUACUUAUUCUGUGCUAUGAUCUCUCUACCAGAGGGCCUCUUGCAUACUGCCCCAGGAUGAACUCCCCUUCAUGCUCCAGAGGGGGUGGGGUGGCAGGCUGUCACCCACAGAACCUCACAACCACUCACAGCAACUGUCCCCUGGGUGGACCAUGCCUUGUCCACCUCAAGAAGAGUCCUCAGUUUAGCUAUUUAAGGGGCUGCUUUUCCAGGAGACAACCAUGUGUAAGGUAACAGGGCAGGAGGGCAUAAAGGGGUCUUAAAGGCCCCAGGAGAGCUGACUGACUUAUGCCUAAACUAGUGACCCCACAAGGAGCCCUGGACACUGAUAGGAGCUGGGUAGCUUCUCUGGGAAGUGUCACCUCCUCAGCCACCAGAAGUCAUAAUUGGACCCUUCUUCAACCCUUCCUUUUCCUGUAUCUAACGAAAAGCUCACUGAGUCCUCUGCAGACACACAAGGUUCGGGAAGUCCACAGAAAACACUUAUUGUGUGCCAGUAGGUGCUCACAUGGACAGGUGUGUAUGCAGACACACACCCUUGAGAUAUUGACUCUUUCCUCUUGCAGGAAGAAGUGGGUUGGAGAUGUGGCUGGCUGUGGCCAUCUUGGAGCAGCUCUGGGACAAAUCUUGGGACCCAGCCCAAGACUCCAUUCUCCCCCUUGCUAGCUUUUCUUCCCAUAUUCAGCAAUGGGAAUGAGACUUUGUACUCCAGACUGUACAGUGAGAACACACACGCCCAGCCCCACCUCUACUGAGAACAGCUCUAGACCUCAGGCCUGUUCCUCUUGGAACAACUGCUCAAAGACUAUAGUGCUGGCCCCAGGCCACCACAAACUCUGAUGGUGACAGCCCCACGUGUGCUCACUAAGGCUCUCCAUGGUGGAGAUGUCCUUCUCUACCCAGGCCAUUGCUGCUCCCUAUCCAGGACUCCACAGAGCUAUGGAGCCUCCUAUCCACGGCUGGCCAAGCAACAGGAAGCAGCAGCACUGACCCACCGGACUACUGAGUGGGCACAGCCUGGCACGGGGCUUCGUGUCACCUUCACGACCCUACUGUAUGCUCCACGCCCCCGGCCUGCGUGCGCCAGGCUCUGUGACCGCAGCGUGUCCAGCUCCAGACGGAGACCCGAAGGUGGCUGCAAGGGACCAAGGUCAUCGGUCCCGAGUGGGGUGAGGGACAGGAGGAAGCCACGCUGCGAACCCGCAGCCCCACACCCGAGCUGCUCCACCGAGUUAUGUAAGCGGCAGAGCAUGUACCUGCAGCGGGAACAUGGCCGCCCGAUUGCCCACGUAGCCGCGGACUACAUGGCUCUGGAUGGAGAGCACCCGGCACUCGCCCUCCAUGCCGGGCAGAGCGUGGUGUUGGGGGGCCCUAGCUGCCCAGGCCGCUGGCUAGGGCUCAGCCAGUCCCUCUGCUGCGUCGAGGGGCGGGCUGAAAAACGUGUCAAGCGCAGGCCACGCCCCUCCGGGAAAGGGGCCGACAGAAAUGACCCGGACAGAUCCUCUGUGUUUUCGGCAGCACAAGGGCGCCCAGCUUCUCUGCAUACCCGGGUCAGCACUAGGCCAUCUCAUCUGGGAUACACUCCCCAUUGUGGUUCAUUCAUUCAUUCCUCACGGGUUCUUGGCCUUGGCACCCUCCAGGGUGACACUCCUAGGAGCCGCUGUCCAAGGAGCUCCCACCGAACUCCAGGGCUUUAUAGCCCUUAGAGAUUAAAAGGACCCCUCCAGCCACAAGGCCUGUGCACAGAAGCUGGAACACAGGCAGCUGGGAGCCCGGCUGUCUGAUCUGUCUGAGCCACACGUCCCUUCUCAAUGUCCCAGUUAUCUCCAGGCUCAAGUCCACCUUCUCAGAGCCACUCAUGGGGACUGGCUUGAUUCUGCUGCACUGGCUCUCCUCUUUUCAGCCCCCACCCAGCCCCCUCUCACAGUCCUGGGGAAAGUGAACUUCUUCCGCUUCCCAUCUCCAGAUCAGCAAUUUGGAACUCCAGUGGUCAUAGAUUCCAGGUUCACAGAUUGGUGGCAGAGGCCAGCAUGUCAAGUUUGCAGUAUCUUGGAGAGAGUCCUGGGGACCAGGUCAGCUCUAAAGAGAGGAGAAGGAUCCGAAUUGCUUAGGGAAGUAGGGAUUGAUGCUCAGUUGAAGUAGGUGCGAAGGCCCUAGCUUUAAUCCCAGCACCAGAAAAAGUGAACAGAAAGAGGAAUCACAUUGUAAGGAAUACUUGAUUGGAUUAAUUAAAUGGAGUACAUUGUGGAGUA